CAUAUGUUUUGAAAACUAACAAAGUGUUGUUUUGUACAGGAAAUCAAAGUUGUUCAGAGUAUCACAAGCUGGAGGAAGAGCUUGGCGCUCCAAAAACAGAAAUGGAGGAAAUUAAGUUGAAACACAACAAAGAGAUGAAGACUUUGGAAACAGAGGAAGAAAGGAAAGCUAAUGCAAGACUAAAGAGACUCGAUUCUGUACGAGUAAAGUAUUUGGAGGAAGAAAUCGAUCAUCUAAAGACAGAAAUGGAACAACUUAAGCUCAAACACAACGAAGAGAAGAAGACAUUGGUAGCAGAGAAACAGAACAGAGACGCGAAGUUAAGGGAAGCUAACACGAGACUAGAAAGGUUGGAUACCGUCCGUGUAAAAGAAUUGGAGGAGGAACUCCAUCAUGUUAAGACAGAAAUGGCGCACCUUAAGUUCAAACAUAACGAAGAGAAGAAGACUUUGGUAGCAGAGAAACAGAACAGAGAGGCGAGGUUAACGGAAGCUAAUGCAAGACUCGUUCCUGUCCGAGUAAACGAACUGGAGCAAGUAAUUGAAAACCUAAGGGAAGAGAAAAAAGAGAUCGAGUCUCAACUCCUUAGCGACAAGAAAAGAAUAGAGAGAGAGUUACACGAGAAAAAGAAAAGUGAAGUGAAAGUUAAACGCAAAACUGAGCGUCUCACAAAAGAAAACGAGGAUUUCCUUAAAAGGAUUAAGGAGCUAGAAAACAAGAACAGAGCGCUGGUAAAGAAGAACAAUAAUCUCUUGUCGAAAAUCAAGACUGUGGAAUGUGAAACAAGCGAACACGAUGAACCAAAACCCGAACUUAAUCGACUUUCCCCUGAACUAGAGCAACUUCGCGAUGAAGAUAAAUGCCUCAAAAAUAAAAACGCAGAUUACCUUCGAAAGAUUAAAGAUCUGGAAAAGCAGAUCAAAACGCUGGCAACGAAUAACAACAACCUUUUAUCGAGGAUCAAAACUGCGGAACGUGAAACAAGAGAAUGCGAUAAAGUAAAAGCCGAACAUCAUCGACUUUUUUCUGAAACAGAGCGACUUCGCAAGGAAGAUCAGAGCCUCAAAAAGGAAAACGAGGAUUCCCUUCAAAAGAUUAAAGAUCUGGAAACGAAGAACAACAGCCUCAAAUCGAAAAUCAAAACUAAAGAAUGUGAAGUAGAACAACUUCGCAUGGAAUAUAACGACAGCAUCGCAAAAGCAAACGCGAAUUCUUUUCAAAAGAUUGGAGAUCUGGAAAAGAAGAUUAAAGCGCUGGAAAGGAGGAACGAGAGAUUCCGGAAGGAAUUGGAAACUAAGGAAUGUGAAAACUGCAAAGUACUAGAUGUGGAAGUCAAUAAAUACAAGAACGCUGUAAACUGCGCUUUCCUACCUAGUGGAAAGGAAUUUUACAGCUCUACUGGCGUCUUAUCUACCUUGAAUAGAGAUAGCUCAGUCAAACUUGUUGCUACCCGAUCGUCUGAAGGGCCGGGAAAAGCAAGUGAUAUAUUUCACCACAGCAAAGGCAAAGAGAGUGGAACAGCUGCGAUGAAGGGUUCCUGGUGGUGUGUUGACUUGGGCGAAAAUUAUCGCUUGGUUAUCACACACUACGCUUUAAGGCACGGAAAAAAAGAUGGUGAAUCAAUUCUUCGAGAAUGGAAGCUUCAGGGAUCCAUAGACGGUCUCAUAUGGACAGAUCUUAACAGUGCUAAGGAUCCAAAUGACCCCCUACAGUUCCGUGAUCCCUCUCCAUAUUUUACAGGCAGAUGGACAGUCGAAGGCGAAGUGGGGGCCUUUCGUUACUUCCGUAUUUUGCAGACAGGCAGGAAUUCCUCUGGCAAAUAUGGAAUUUAUUUAUCUGGACUCGAGUUAUACGGAACACUCGCCAAGAUAUAACCUGUUUUAAGUCCUGUAUAACACUACGAGCUAUGAAAAUUUUAAGGAUAUUAACUGAAGACCAGGGAACUCUAAAUAUCAAGAAUUGCCAGAAGAAACCCCUUGGUGAACUAUCUCGAAAAUAAGACUAAAACUUGCCCGAGAGGUUUUGAUUUUGAGAAAUCCAACAAAAAGUAGACUUGCGGUUUUCGCGCUGCGGUCGCCAUUAAAUUCAGCCGAAAAAUUGGGCAUAUUCACAUCACUCUCAGAGAAAGACGGUCGGCUAAAUUGAGAAGUGGCGACAUGGAGUUACUUGUGCUUGUGUGACCCUCGUAAUUGCAGUUUUUACGCGUAAAAAUCCUUUUCUUACACAGGUCUCACUAUAUGGCUUCUCAAUUGCCCAAGCUGAAGUUUUUAUAUGCUGUAGAACAAUAACAGAGCUUUGUAAAAACGUAUUUUUCAUUUAAAACUUCCGUGUACGAAAAUUGCCUUCAAAAAUGCCCUAUCUUAAGGCUUUUUUCAAAGUGCUAAAAGCAGCAAUCUUCAGGCGCCUCUAACCCAAAGUGAAAAUGCACUUCUUGGCAAUAUUUUUAUACCUUUGUGUUUUAAUUGUGAUACAAAACAAGCAUGUAAAAGACAAUUUUAAAAGGCCGAGCCGUCUUUCUCUGAGAGUGAUGUGAAUAUGCAUGCCCAAGUUUUCGGCUCAAUUUAAUGGCGGCCGCAGUGCAAAAAGUGCAAUUCUACUUUUGGUUGGAUUUCUCAAAAUCCUAGACUCUCUGGCAAGUUUUAGUCUUAUUUUCGAAAAUAGUUCACCAAAGGGUUUGUUCUGGUUUGUUUGUUCUGAUCUCAGUUUUGGAAGUCAAUUCUCAAUUAUACUUAGAGUCCCUAGUCUAGCGCUUUUCUGUACUAAGGUUAAGCCAUUCAAAAAAUCUCUGUGAAAAUAGUUUGUGUAUACAGUGUGCACAAUUCGCAUUUAAAGAAUUUAGGGACACUGCUACUCGAGAUUUCCUGUGUGUCCGAUUAUAACAAUUACUACUUUAUCAGUGGUCUCUUAAAACCAGAAGUUAAUUAAAUAGCGUCCACUGUAAAUAAUUUAUAGAAAUCCUGCCUGAAGCACUUAGUUUCCAGGCAGACCUACAAAAGAGUCGCUAUUCCUAUGUAAUAACUCAGUCACGUUAUCUGAAAAAACACCAAAAAAUUCCUGCCUAAUUGUUAUAAAUUCCGAAUUUGAGUGGUUUAUUUAGAUAUAGUGGACUUUGAUCAAUAUUUUUUUAAAGACAAAAGCAAUACUAGGUACAACUAUGAAUAUUGCAUUCAAAGUUUUCUCUUCUUGCUAAUGUGAGCGACGAGGCGAGUCUUUUCAUGUAGUACUAUACUCUCAAAUCUGCUGGCAGCGUGGCUCUAAGAAUCAUGCAUCAAAAAUACUCUCUCAAGCUUGUGACGCAGAAGGGAAUUUGGAAUACGGUAAACGUGUUGGGAAAAAAGAAUUUGUAAUAGUAAUUGGACUGAGUGGAGUAAAAUUCAGGGAGUAAUCGUAUCUAUAACGAAAUUCUCGAUCGUGAUUGGUUCUCCGCGCGCCUGUUUGUCACGUAAUCGGCGCGCGAUCACGUGGGUGUGCAAUUAGAGGUAUCCAAUUCGUGCUCGUCCGAUUUUGAAAUUACUCGCGCGAUUUCUCCUUGAAUUGUACUUUACUCGGUCCAAUGACUGUUACUAAUCGCGAGAGUAAUUUAAAAAUCGGACGAGCUCGAAGCCCGGGGCCGAUUUGAAAUUACGAGCACGAUUACUCGCUGAAUUGUGCGACACGAGGUCUAAUUACUAAUUAAUCGUAACUAUAACAAAUUUCGGAAUUAAAAAUGCCCUUUGAGAACUUCCUUUGCGCGAAAACGCCUGUAACGCUUUUCAUAGGUUUUGAAAAGUGUAGGAAACGGUGCGAAGGAAACCAUUAAAGUGGACGUAAUUGA